AUGCCGACAGUAAUUCUACUCGAUGUAUCAUUGUCUAUGUCGCGGCCGGUGCCUACAUCAGACGCAACUGAGACUCAUACACGAUUUACAAUCGCCACAGCUGCAAUAAACACUUUUCUAGAUUAUCUCAGUAUUCACGCUAAGUUAGAAUAUGUUGCUUUGGUAUCUUUCUCCUCACUUUAUGAAGUGUCCGUUCCGUUUACGCGAGAUUAUGACAGCAUACGCACGAAACUGCCACAAUUGGAAGAAGGCGACAAAACCUGCAUUGAGACCGCUCUGGCCGGGGUCAACCAGCUUAUACUGAAUGAAUGGGGCUACCAAACUGCUAUACAGAUUGUGUUGAUUACAGAUGGCAGCUGUGGUGUAGGUGCUAUUGGUAGAAACCGCAUCAUACAGGCACUGCCUUUGCCUGCUUCAUACCCUGUUAAAAUACACAUUCUCCCAGUUGUAUCACCACAUGAUCCUUGCCUACAACAAGCUAUGCCGUUGUACCAAAAGAUUGUAGAUCUAGCUAAUACCCCUACCAACAAUGGUUCAAAUGGCAACAUCACACGAGGUUCCAUCUUUUGUCCAGAUCAACUUUCUGUGCCUGGUAUAAUAACAGCGACGACGCGUCUCUGCGAGCAGUAUUAUCAAGAGUUCUGGUGUUCACUCAAAUGCGGUACUCUGGAGUCACGCGUGCAGCUGUUCCCCGCCCCGCAACCCGCUCAGCACGAAGGCUUGUCCACUACGUACACUCUUGCUCAACAACUGCAUAUUAUUGGUUUCCUCACACAGCAGGAACUUGGUACCCCAAUAGCAGUAAGUAAGCAUCUUGUGAUACCUCAAUCCCAAAUGGGCAACACGGGGUCUAGAGAUAAUUAUGGAUCUAAAACACCAACUAAGGACGGAACAAGUGAUGGAACGACUCCAGAAGAGGACAUGUCGGAUCCCAGUAAAGUGCCCAACUUCUGUGUUUUACUACAUGGGGCAUUGAAGGUGGAAGGUAUGUCUGCGAUAGUCCAACUAGGUUCUGAUUGGUGGGGCACACUAUCAGCUUGGUGCGAGGCAUCUAGAGCCCGUCGCUCAUGCCUAUUACUGAGCAUACUGCGGCCUGGGAUCUCGGCGGCGCCUUGGCUCGGCCCGCUCGACCAACUCGGCCCUAUUGAGGAUGGAAGCACUGCAACUGAGACAGUCCCGGUACGUACGUGGGUAUCGUACAGCAGCGGAGGCAGUGGUGGAAGUGCGGGGAGUGCUUGGGCAAGGCCGCAUGCGUUACUCGCCGACGUACAGAAGGUGUUGCGGCAUGCGCGUAAGCUGCCCGACAAGACACAGCAUCUCUACAAGGAACUGAACCGGUUACGUCGCGCAGCAAUCUCUCUCGGGUUCUCAGAGUUGUUAACAUGUGUGGGCAGUGCUUUGGAGCGAGAAUGCGCCGCACUGCCAGCGUCUGCGCCACCCGACUGUGCACUGCAACUUGCACACGCGGCGGCUGCCUUGCGCGAUCCGCGCACGGCGCUCGACAUCAAACACACACUGCAACCUCUUACCACAAACUUCACUGUAACAACUAUGUCACAUUAAGAAUAUUACCUUAGUAAUAAACUGUAUUUUUAAUU